AUGUUCGCUAAAUUGUUCAUUGUCUGCCUGUUGGCCGCGGUGGCGAUGUGCCUCGAGUACCCUCCCGGUGUAAACCCAGCGCUAUGCCCCAACUACCCGUACUGCGAUGCCGGUAUGGGCCCGCGGUUCACCAUUGACGGACAACCCAUACCUGAGUGGGUAUACAACCCUAGCGUUCUACCAGUUGCACCUUUGGACCCUGCUGUUGUCGCUGCCCCUCAGUACCCCGCCAACUUCCCCGCUGCUUUCUGCCCGAACUACCCUUACUGCUUUUGAAAAUAAAAUGAAAUGACGCGACUUUGAUACUUUAUUUACUAAAGAGUUUUAUCAUAUACUGAAAAAGUUUCUGAACUAGAAUUACAUAUGUCCUCUACAAAUGAAUUAUCUAAGUGAAUUUUGAAAUAUGUUCUCAGUGAUAGAACAACACACCUAAUCAUACAAAAGUUUUAAUAUCUGUCUUUUUUUUAAUAAUCGCAUUUAAAUUGUAAAGAGGAACUCGACGGCGCAGGGAACACUGCGUUCGGUUUUCUUGUGUGAAAGUUUAGCAAUAUUAACAAGGUCCU